AUGGUCUUGCUGGGUCUUCUUCUUGGUCUGCUCUUUACAAACUACGCCUCUGCGGUGUAUGUUAUGUGCUUGGACGAAACAGCUGUCCAACCGGGGACCAUCAUCGACCUCGAUGCCACGCCGGAAGCAAACAGCCCUAGUGGAUGUGCUAUCGCUUGCCGAAUCGGCGACUACAUCUUCAGCCAGUACGCCGACGACGCCACCGUCCCCGGCGGGGCGUGUAUCUGUCUCGCUGCAGACCCAGGCGUUGCUUGGACCCCCUAUCAAGCACCCCCUGCGGCUGUAAUCCCAUCCAACCCAUCAAAGUGCCCCACUGGCACCUACACGGUCCAAUACAUCGACGCCAACUACAAGAUCAAGUCCUGCUAUGAUAACAUUACCUUUAGCGAUGUGACCAGCCAAACCCCCGUCGACGGCAUUUCUGACUGCUUCGACGUGUGCACCAACUCGGGAGCCCAAUACAUUGCUCUCAACAUCUUCAGCCCCCUCUCCAAGCCGCAGCCCUUCUGCAUAUGUGGUGCUGGGAGCGCAGACCAAGUCAUUACCCUCGGCAAGCAGACAGCCUGCGGUCAGUCGUCGUACAACUUUGCCAGGCGUCAGCUGGGUAUCAAGGGCAGGCGACUCAAGACACGUACCGUGGACCUGUGCCCCACGGGUAUGCAGGCGUGUGCCAUUGCGGGCUCUGAUGGUUACGAGUGUAUCGACCCCAUGGAUGAGCUUGAAUCGUGCGGCGGAUGCGUCGACGGCUAUUAUCCCAACAGCAACGCCAAGUCCGGCAUUGAUUGCACCACCAUCCAAGGCGUCGCACCCGGAGGCGUGUCGUGUAACGGUGGCCAGUGCAUCGUGUCCAGGUGUCUUGCCUCGCACCAGCUGGUCAGUGAACAAUGUGUGCCCAUUCCGGCGACGGCUCUGGGUUCCGAUUCAAAGCAAAAGGCCUUCAAGUGA